AUGUCAAGAAUCGGGCUAUUCGGGCAGAUCUCCGAGAUCAACGACCAUCUUUAUCUCUCCGGGGCGGGUGUUCUGCAGCCCGAGAAUCUGAAGAAGAAGAAGAUCACUUGCGUUGUGAACGCGACCAACGAAGAGCCGUCCGCCUAUUUGCCGGGCAUCGACUACCUGAAGAUCCGAAUCGACGACAAUCCCUACGCCCACUUGGACCAUUACUUUGAUAUGGUGGCGGAUCGGAUACGGUCGGUGAAGGAGCGGGGUGGCCGGACUCUGGUCCAUUGCAUGGCCGGUGUCUCAAGGUCGGCCUCACUCUGCAUCGUCUAUCUCAUAAAAUACGAGAGGAUGAGCCUCGUGCAGGCCUAUCACUUUGUGAAAUCGGCUCGACCGAUCAUCCGACCGAACAUCGGGUUCUUCAAACAAAUGGUCGAUUUUGAGCGAAAAACGCGCGGCCACACCACUGUGGCUAUGGUUCGGAUCGACGGUUGUGACAUGGAGGUGCCGGACAUCUACGCCAACGAGCUCCGACGACAUGCUGCAUAUCGCUCCGCCAUCGGCGGCGCUUCACGGGUUGAUCAAGAGGAGACCAUUCAGAGGGCCAAGUCUGCGGUUCUGCCCUUGGACUAUGGAAAGCGAAGAGGGUUGUCGGUGGGGUAAGUGCUAAUAAGCUUACAAUUGCUCUAGAAGCAAUUUUUAGGUGAAAAUUGACCUUCUCAAGUUUUCGUGGUGAAACCCGAAAUCUGAAAAUUUUUGACGUUUUUGAUUUUUUUAAAAUUCUAAACGAUAAGUUUCUAUUUAAUACACUUUAUUCAAGCAUAUAAAACAGAUAUUUCUUGAAAUUUUUUGAUUUCACCAAGAUUUUGGGUCCCACCAAAAAAACUUGAUAUGGCCGAAAAGCAACUUAAAAUAGCUUAUAACUAUUCCAACCGGACAUUUUAUAGAGUAAUAUUGUAAAAUACGAAAAAUUCUGUAAGAUUCAUUUUUAUGAACCCGAAAAUACGAUCCCUAAUCUACAGGUUCAGUUGCAGGAACUCGGACAGUCGUUACCGCUACUCCGCCUCCAAAUCAGCCAACAAUUACAGCCCAUGGAGGCAAGUGGCAUCGCUCUCGUUGUUGUCGCCCGCACCGGCGCGACGCCCGAGGCAGGAAAACUUGUUCAGCAACCUCUACAACAGCAGUCGAGGCGCCUUCUUCUCGGCCUUCUGA